AUGUCGAACUCCACAGGCAGCGGCCAAGCCGACAAUAGCGAUAAUGUCGUGACGCUUCAAUUAACGAUUGCAGCCCUCGCUAUCUCUAUUGCAGCUAUCUUUCUGUCGACUCUACAGGCGCUGCUCGCGUAUUUGCAGUUUGAUAACAGUGAGGUGGGGAGACGACGCUGUUCGGAGGAGGUGAUGGGCAAGUUGUGGGCUACCAGGACGACGAGGAAGUUCAAGUGGCGGGAGUUUAGGUAUCAGGUGUUUUUUGAGGUGCCGGUGUUUUAUACGGCUAACCCUGGGAUUACCGUGGGUCCACUUACCAGGACGAAGCCAGAGUCGACGUUUUGGGAUACGCUUUUCCAAAACAAUCAAAAAGAGACGUAUUCUGAGAACGUGAAAACAUUGGAGCCGGAAGCGGAAGCUAUGGAGGUGAUUGAGCUUCAGAAACACAUCCAUCCUAUCUACAAGAUCACUGGUACCAAGACUUCGUGUGCGCACACCAUGACUAAGUACCAUGAGGUCGACGAGAAGUGGGCUAAUGUCCAUACCGCCGAAGACGAAGGUUGUUCUUGGGUGCUUCUCCUCGACGCGCUUCAAGGGCAGGAAAAAUCUUCCAGAGAUUGGGAUAAUUCUAAAGAGCCGGGCAAGAAUCACACUAUUUCUUACUUGAUCCAGAGGAAGCAGCGGUGUUGGGAUUUCAUGCCACUUAACAUCACCAAACCAUUUGCAACUACCACGAUUUGUCAUCUUGUGGAGAUAAUCUCAAUGCUGGGUCUUGUCUGGACGGAAUUUAACUUGCAGCAAUCGGUUCUGACAGCAGAGGGAAAUGGGUAUAUGGUCAAGAGCGAGUAUAUGCAAGGUCUGGGCAUCUUGACCAGAUUCUCUCGCUUGGGAAAGCCUCAACACAAAGAGGAACGGAUGAUUCCUUGUGCAGAGAUCAAACGACUUUGUUUUGGGGAUGUGCCUUCGAUAUUUGAUCAACCUAAACAGAAGCUGCUAUUCGGUCCUGGUCGAUUUGAAAACACUCUUCGGAAAAUCAUGCCACGGCUUGAUGAGGAGUGCCAAAGAGACUUUCUUGAUAACACUGAGAAGCCUUACGUGAUCGCGAGUAGUUUUGAACUGCUGGGUAUGGUUGCCAAGUCUGUCCACAUCCUAGGGUCCCGGUUCCGCAGACUCCCAAACCCUUGUGCAGCUACAUGGAAUCCAAAUCUAAACAUGAUAGAUUGCCUGCUUGCAUUGAGUCAGCAAUUGAAAAGCCCGGAUGGCGCCAGCCUAGGAGACCAUAAAUUGAGAAAUGAAAUCCAAGACUUAUUCACAAACGGCAGUCUUGGCAAGAUUGAUUUAGACAAGAGGAUCCAGACAUAUAUUCGCGCCAACAAAGAAAAAAAUGAUCCUGGAGCGAGAUCAGGAUGGGCUUACACUGCAGAGGCCGAACGAACAGCCCAUGAACAGCUAAUGGAAGAAAACUAUGAUACUGCACACCGAGACCUCCUCGAUUCUCUCCACGACAACAUCCUUUCCAUCGACCGCAAACUAGAAGACAUGAUCGACGACGUCCGAGAAGUCCUCGCCUGUCACUUCAACGCAACAUCCAAACUCCACCGCGAGCUCGAAGACCUACUCGCCGGCGCAACCCUCGACAACACGAAAGAGAAGAUCUUAAUCAACUUCUACUUUGCGGAGGUUCUCCCUAAAGUCACGGCUGGAUUGCCUACUUCGGCCGCCAGCACACCUCAAAGAUCGGCGACGCUGAAGCCGCCUUCGAUCACGGUGACGAGCAGCCAGUCGUCGACGCUGGGGUCGAAUGCGUCGGAUACCCGGAGUGCGGUUUGGUUGGCGUUGAUGUUUAAGAUGUGUUCGUGGUUGUUUCUGCAUGAUUUCAAUCCGUAUGAUCGGAUGAUUGAGCGGAGCGAGUUUAGUGAUAAUAGGUUGCCUGUUUAUAUUGGGUAA